UAUACAAAUUCAAAAAGCUCUCACUAUGCUCAUGCGCAUUUCGGUCGCAGCUGUGGCUUCGGCCGGGCUUGUCGUAGCCCAGGCUUCUUCAGAUGAUAGUGCUCACUACACGCUUGCCUCUUUCGCCUUUAUUCGAACUGGAGAGCGAACGCCCAUUCUACGAAACGAUACCCAGGUCCUGACGGCACUAGGCGCCCAACAAAUGUACACGCUCGGAGAAAACUUCAGAACAAGAUACAUCACUGGCGACUCACCAAACAAGCUUGGUGUACAGCAUGUUGCAGGAAUGUCAGUCGAUGUCAUAGACAAUGACCAAAUAAGGGUUCAAACUCUGGAAAAACCAUACCUUGUUUCUUCUGCACAAGCAUUUAUGCAGGGUUUAUAUCCUCCGAACAGCAAUUCCAACGGAACCGGACAAGUCACUAGCCGCCUUGCAGAUGGCACCCAGGUUGAUUACCCGCUCAACGGAUACCAGUAUGCCAGUAUCCAAGCUGCUGGUCUAGAAGACCCUGAUUCAAGAUUCAUUUCUGGAUCGCAAAACUGUCCUCUUGCGCAAGUAGCUGCACUGAACUUUUUCGAAACAAAAAAGUUCAAGGAAAUGGAGGCGGCCAAUGCUGAUCUGUUCAAGAAAUUGAACUUAGACUGGCUGGAAGGCACACUUCCCGAGGCAUAUUUUAAUGCCCGUUCGGCUCUUGAGAUAUCCGACUACAUCUCUUACCAAUACUCGCACAAUUCUAGCGUCUACAAGGCCCUAUCGGCAAACGACUCUGACUACACUGGUACCUAUGACCGGCUCGGCCACCUUGCCGAUGAAGUUGCCUGGCACCUCUACGGCAACGCAUCAGACCUACCAACCGAUGCAAACCACCAGGCCAUUGGAGGCAAGACUCUCGCCAGCUCUGUCCUUGACUCAUUCAACCUUCAAAUCGCCAAUAAAACCAAGCCAAGUAACGAGAGCUCCCCAUCCCAGCGCCUAACCUUUUACUUUGGCGAAGAAGACGCAAUGACGGGCCUCAUCUCCCUCCUCAACCUCGACACAAAAUCUCCGAAUUUCAAAUCCAUCCCUUCCUACGCCUCGGCCCUCAUCUUCGAACUCUUCAGCACAAUCAAAGAACCCAGCCCCAGCCCUGACAACCUCUGGGUCCGCUUCUCCUUCCACAACGCCACAGACGCUAAGCAACUCGUCGCUUACCCUUUGUUCAACCACGAACCCUCGAACACAGACAUGUCCUGGACCGAGUUCGAGCGCCAGUUCACCGCCAUAGCCGUGUCCGGCAUCGCAGAAUGGUGCCGCACAUGCAACAGCGGCAGUCUGUUCUGCUGGGGCGCUGAAGCAAAGAAGAGUCUCGAUGACUUGCCUUCUUCCUCUCCAUCUUCCAUCCGCGAACUCAAAGCCCGACUUUCCCCCGUUGUAGGCGGUAUCAUUGGCGCGGUCGUCACGCUCGUCGUUGCUGCUGUUGUUUUUGCACUCGUUAUGGUGUUUGGUGGUGUGCGAGUGCACCGUCCGCAACGCAACGUCGAUAACAAUGAUGGUACUGGUAAGGGAAGGGGACUGGGCGGCUUCAAGGGCGUGGCGAAACUUGCGUCUGAUGCUGAUCUGAGGCUUACAAGUGAGGGUGCAGCAGGCGCGGUGGUCGAUGCGAAGAAGGGGCAUGAAAGGAUUGGGAGUUGGGAGUUGAAGCAGAAGGAUUUUGGGAAGGAGUCGGAGGAAGUGAGUCGGAAGAGCAGUUUUGAGCGGAUUGAUGGGGUUGUUGCGGGGGGCAGGGUGGAGCCGGCUCAAAGGUUUUGAGGCGGUGGAAUGAUUUUGUAAUGUGUGUAUAUAAUUGGGUUGAGGAGUAGGGAAUGGGAAAAGUAAAGAGGUCAUGUGGGUUAUGCUGCAAUUGGUUUACAGAUGUUCGCACUGGUGCGAUGUAUAUAGUGGGAAAGGGAAGGAAAAGUACCCAACGUUUAUAUUGUAAUACCAUUAUACAAAGUAAAAAGAAGUUUAUAGUAUAGUAGC